UUCGAAAUUACAGUGGCGUAGUUGAUCCAUUUGACAGUGUAUGAUAAAAUUUAUGUUGUUCCGAUAAAAUGCUUGUUUUCUUGUAUUCUUCCUGAUUGUUUGUGAAUUAAUUAGUAAUGGCAGCAAUUCCAAGUUCGCGUUACAAUGAAAUCUACGUCCAGCAGUCGCAGACAAUGCCAUUGCCGUCUUAUCAGCAAUCAAUUGUGACCCCAAACUCCCGGACAAAUGAAGCACAAUCGACCUCGACCACAAAUGUCCACAGCAAUUACAAUUUGGGAGAUCCUCCGACUUAUGAAGAGGCCAUUGAUCCGGAUGCGCCACCGCCCUCCUAUGACUCUCUCUUUGGUCGCGUCCGGGAAGUUCAUAGAUCGUCCAAGGGGUUCGUUGACUUCCUAAAGAACAUCGUGAUUUUGCUUCUGGGGACUCUGGGCUUCACUGUAAUCCUCGGUGCAACGACAAUCGUGCCAAUUUGUAUGAUAGUCUUCGGUUCUAUUUACCUGUAUGACUGCCCACAAGGUGAAUACAUUCCCGUGUACCUUCUCGUUGGAGGGGGAUUCGGGGUCAUAAAACAGUUGCUACAUCUAUCGACACGUGUGAGAAAUCGUGAGGAUCAGGCAGAGGAGGAAAUGCGACAAUCAUCGACACAGAUGCUCCUCAACUGUUUCAUGCUGGGAUGGUUUAUUAUAGGGUCCUAUUGGGUGUACAAAGAGUAUGAGCCCAAUUAUGAUCCCACCAAGGGGAAGUACUGCAACAAAUCUCUCUACCUCUUCUCUUUCUGGCUCGUCACUUCCAUUUAUAUUACCACGGGGCUUGUGCUCUUCAUUCUCUGCUUUAUCAGUGUUGCAAGCGUCAUUGCUAAGCGCCACACGUAGACUCAACCACUUGACCAUAAGGUGAAUAUCCUCUUGUAGAUAUUACGUAUUUUACACUUAUUAUGACUUCUGGGACCCUUAAAGUAGUUCCAGUUCCAAUGAUAAAUUCAAUAUCGAUCAAAAUUUAGUACAAAGAUUUAAGGAUAAAAUAAAAAAAGACAAAAUAAACGGUAAUGAUGGCUCCGGCACACAUUUUAGAUCAGGACAAUUCCAUAAAGUCAAAAUUCACAUCUCCCUGUAGCUGUAGCCGAUCGGGCGCAACGUUUCACAGUAAUGGAAAAAUUCCUGGAAUUUAUCUCCUAUUUUUCCGCGUGAGCUUCCGGGGAAAUAAACGCUAAUAUUCCGCUUGGCAUUCUGCGGAGUUAUCAGCGUUUUUUCGCGUGGAUUUCCUUGAAAAAAAAUCCUAAGUAUUUUCUUGCAAUUAUCUUAGAGUAUUCUCUGGAAAUUGAAACAAAAUUUCCAUUGAAUAUUCCGAGAAUAUUUUCUGAUAUCUUUCCGGUCAAGACUCCAUGGAAGUAAAUACGAAAAUUCUGCAAUUAUUUUUCGCCCUAACGCUAUAAUUCUUGCGAGCUAGACAUACUCAAAUGAACGAUAUGGUCAACUCAAAAGUAGAACAACUGAGUGUUCGUCUGAUAGAUGAAUACUCUCAAGUUCCAAGUUGCCAAUUGGCACUGAUCGUCCAUUAUUUAUGGAUGAUUUUUUGUGGAAAUUCUCUAUGAAAAUUCCACGCCAUUUUUAAUCAAUUUUAGGAAUUAUUUUGAAGAAAAAUAUGAAAAAAAUUCACUGGAAAAGUGGAAUUCCGUAAUAUUAAACCACGGAAGCCUCUAAGGCCGUUGGAUGGAAAUUUCUACGGAGAAUUUCGUGGAAAUAAAGAGGAUUUUUCCGAUUAUACCGCUAAUAAUCCAUGGGAAAAGACGUGGAAAUAUUCGUCAGAGAAAAGUCCAUGGAAACUCGCGGACAUUUAUUAUUAGACGGUCCUAUACAAAGUUCCGCAAACGUCCAUGGAACACUAGCAAGAAAUUUAGCGUCAAAUUCCAUCUCGAAAGCUUACGCGGAUUUUAAGCGGCAAAAUCCAGGGAACUCCACGCGGAUUUUUAGCGGUAAAAUCAGCGGACUUGGCAGAAAAGGCUGCUGGAAAUCCAGUGGAAUCGCUGCGGCCGUUGGCUAUAGGGUUCUUUUUUAAAGCUUUGCCUAUAUCUAUACUACUCAUUCGCACUCUUCUUCUUCUUCUAAAUAUCACACCAAAUUAAAUUUAGUUCAGUCUAAUUUUGAGACCGAAAGAGGGGUAUAGACUUAUGCAAAUCUUCUGAGUGAGAAAGGGACGCGAAUUUUGAUUUCAUGAAAUCAUGCUGAUCUGAAAAGCGUGCAGAAGGCAUUAUCCGAUCGGCGAUAAAUUAAAAUUGAUCAGUAAGAUUUUUGAUCAUUAAUGGCUCCGGCACACUUUUGAGAUCACGAAAAUUUCAUGAAGUUGAAAUUGGAAUCCCUUUCUCACACAUUUUGCGUAUGUCUAUCUCAUUCUUUUGCACUCCAAAUUCGAUUGAGCUAAAUUGAAGAAAGGAAGGAAGAAAGGCAUUCCAAUUUCGACUUAAUGAAAUUUUGCUGAUCUAAAAGGUGUGCCGAAGCCAUAAUGACUCCGGCACACGUUUUAGAUCAGGAGAAUUUCAUGAAGUCGGAAUUCAAAUCCCUUUCUCACAUGCUUCGCGUAUGUGUAUUUCUUUCUUUCGCAGUCUUCUUCUUUUAUACAUCACUCCAAAUUCAAUUUAGCUCAAUCAAAUUUGGAGUGCGAAAGAAUGAGAUAGACAUAAUCAAAGCGUGUGAGAAAGAAAGGGAUGUGAAUUUUGUUUUCAUGGAAUUUUCUCGAUCUAAAAGAUGUGCCGGGACCACAAAAAUCUUAAAUUUUUACAAAAAAUAGAUCUAUAAAAAAUGAAGCUCUCAAUUAAGUGAAAUUCAGUCGAUUGAUAUUUUACGCCUUUCAAACAGAAAUAAGAUAUAAUUAUCUCUUUUUGUCAAAUUAAAAUUAAAGCCUCCGUCACACCUUUUAGAUCAGGAAAAUUUCGUCAAAUCAGAAUUCACAUCCCUUCUCAAAUGAUUUAUAAAUACCUCACUCGUUUUUUUUUCCACUCAAAAUUAAAUUGAAUUAUAAUAGUCUCUCUCUCAAUUGGGCAUUUGGGGCAAAGUGUCAUCCGGUUUAUCGAUAGAUUUGGGCGUCAAAGCCUUUGUAAAUUCCACAAAAAGCGCUCAAUUAUAAAGAAUCACGAUAAAAUAGGAAGAACUACAGAGAAUUUGAGCAAAUUUGCUUCAUAAUUAAACGUGUAAAUUGUCAACAAAAUUUUUCGCCCGAUUGAAAAAGAGCCGAUUGAGCGAGAGUCUACUGUAAUUGAAUUAGUUUUGAUGUGCAAAAGAAGAAGAAGAAUGAAAUUGAGUGGGAGAGUGGGACAGAUAUGCAAAAUAUUUGAGAAAGAAAAAGGGAUUUAUGAAUUUCGAUUUCAUGAAAUUCGAAUCCAUUUUUUUCUCACAUGCUUUGCAUAUAUCUAUCUCAUUCUUUCGCACUUUUCUUCUCUUAAACAUCACAUAAAUUCAAUUUACUUAAUCGAAUUUGAAGUGCGAAAGAAUGAGAUAGACAUAUGCAAAACGUGUGAGAAAGAAAGUAAUCUGAAUUUCGAUUUCCUGAGAUUUUCCUGGCCUGAAAAGUGUGCCGGAGCCAAAAUUUAAUUUUCAAUUUCAAUUCAAAUCUGAUUUUAGAUUGAAAAAGUAAAAAGUAAAAUUUUAAUCAAUUGAAUUCCAAUCAAAUGAAAAGGUGUGCCAGCGUUAUUAACAACUGAGAUGAUUGUAACUAGAAAAUGAUAACUUUUUUUUUUAUUUUCCCUUCGACAAAAAUUGCAUGACAAAUUAAUUACUUCUAUUGUCUCCGGCCACUAAAUUAUUAUAUUUAUAUAUUUUCUAUACCACAGUUUCAUUAUUUAGUUAAUUUUGCUCCAAAUAAAGCGAAAAUCCAUUCAUAUUCACAAAUUUUAAUUUGUUAAUUUCUCAGAAAAAUUAAAAGUGUACCUUUUCACCGUCGAAUUUUUCAUAAAUCGACCACGUUUUCCAAUGAAAAGCGCAAUAGGUGACUGUUGUUUAUUCGUUUUGUUUAACAUUUAUGUCAUAUUUCUGGCUAAUUUUAGUUAAAUUAAGUGCUAAUCUUUAUUGUUAACGGUACGUGAAGUUUUCAAAUGAAAUAAUUACCUUAUUUCGUGAACAAAAAGAGUUUUUCUGAAGUGUCUGCAAAUGCUUCAAUAGGAAACCCCGGAAAUAUGAUUUUUUUGGAGAGAUUUUAUUUAUUGUUUUAGAUGAAAAAGGUGAAAAGACCAGGAAUAAGAACAAAUACAGAGAGAGAGAGAGAGAGCUUAUGCGAGAACUUACACUGUUUGUCUCCAAUUAGAAACAUCCUUUGUCUCCAUUUGGAUUAAUUGUUUCCAAUAGAAGCAUUUUACGCUCGCGUAUUUAUCUUUUAUUUAAGAAGUUUUCAAAUUAUAACUAAGGAAUUUUCACUAAACAGUAACAUUCUUAGAAGAGUCAAGGAGCAAAUUUAUGUAAUUCUCUUCAGAAAAAAUAUGAACUUAAUGUGUUGAAUCUUCUGUCAAAGUUAAAGCGUCUGGAAAUUGUUUUGAAUUAGGACAUUUACCCUACACACAGAAAAAUGGAAAAUUCUAUUUAAUUCCAUAUAAUUCUAUUUAAUUUCAAAUCCCAUCCAAUGAAUGCCAAUGCCCUAAUUCUAAAUCCUUUGAUCAUUUAGUUUUAGUUGCAAAUCUGUAGACAUUUUUCAUUUUCCAGCUAAUGCUGAACUUAAGUUCCCGAUCUCUUAAUUUGAAAGAGCUAGGGAUUCUAGCUCAUUUCUUUCGUUCAGAGCUUCUAAACUUGAACGCCUCGGGGAUUCACGUCCAAUUUAAGUUCCCAGGAUCUUAUAUAUUAUUAAAUUUAGAGUCAAAAUUUUUCUGUGUGUAGAUGUCAUAGAGAAUUUUUUAACUUUAAAUAUUUAUAUCGUACGUGAGCUCUUGAUUUUCUAAUUUAUCAGGUUUUGCAAAUAAUUUCUUGUACUAUAUUUUGUGAUCGAUAUUGAAAAAUACCUAUAUUAUAAUCAGGCUUGAUUUCCAUUCUAUUUUUCUAUUUUAUACGAAAUAUUUUUACAUAUUUUAUUGAUAUGGUAAUUUUUUUGUGCAAGUUAAAUUUUGUAAAAAAAUGUUAAGAGAACGAAUUUUUAUCUGCAUUUACAAAUUUUGAUGUUCGAUGUAUUUCUGUAGAAACUAAAAGUAAACCACAAAUAAUUGCAAAUCGGGGAAAAGUGAAGUAAUUUUAAAAAUUUCACGCUAAACUAUUAUCAGGGAUAUAAAAUAAAGCACGUCUUAUUUUUUUUUUAAUUUUAAUGUAAGUGAAAUAUUAAUUAGAUUUUGAUUAAAACUUGCAAAAAAGUAACAUUAGAUUAAGGAUUAUUAAAAAGAUAUUAGAUUAUGUACAGUGACUAUUGCACAACAUUUAAUAUUGUUUUUAUCUCUAAUUUCUGUGAUAAUGUAAGAUUAAUAGCCUAAUUGUGUUGAUUCUGCCAAGAUUUAAAUGUCUGACCCUUUCCUCCCAUCCAUAAGUGUUUAAUAGUUGGUAAAGAAAAAAAGAAUAUUUUUGUAAUUUUAUCAUUUUUAACAAACGAUUUAAAGUCAAAUGUAUUUAGGCUUAAGAAGACAAAAUAAAAAUAAAUAAAAAUUA